UAGUUCCGAGAGAGAGAGUCUCUCUGAAUGGCUGAACCUACAAAUUAAACAGAACUUUUAGUUUCAUGUUUCUCAAAACAAGGCUAUGCCCAUCUACAUAAGGAAGCAAUAUUACAGGGACUUCAUCACUUCGUGGGAUUUUUAUUGAACAAGUAGCCAGUUUUGGAUAAUGAUGGUUUCCGUUAAGUUUUUUUCAUUAUUUGAGAUGACAAGGAUUCGGAGUCGUUGAUCAAUUACAUUGUAUAUGUCUAUAUUUAGAGCUUUUAACACAAUCACGUAGCAGUGUCUUAUCAGCGGCGAUGUAGUGUCAAUUGCAUUCUACGAGGAAAGUUGUGGUUGUGGUCGAUUAUAACGUUUUACCCCGGUAAGCGUAAAGGAGGCGGGUAUUAAAGGAAGAAAGCAAGGAACGAAGAAAAGCUUUGUAGCCUAGCAAGCCAUCCUGUGAGGAAACUGAGCGGAGGAGGAGAUGUACAUAUUCUGGGUAGCUCUCUUUCUGAUAGAGGAAGGCUUUGCAUUGGCACAGAAAACCAAAGACUCUCAGAAUGUGGGUAAGAUUUCCCAGAAUGCCCGGCAGUGUGGCACCUGGAUCAGAAACAUCAAUGGGGGGCAGUUCAGCUCUCCAAACUACCCUAAAAUCUACCCUCCCAACAAGGAGUGCCUCUACAUACUGGAAGCCCUGCCCCGUCAGAGGAUUGAGCUUCUGUUUGAUGACAUCUUUUACAUUGAGCCAUCCUUUGAGUGUCGUUUUGACCACAUCGAGGUGAGAGAUGGUCCGUUCAGUUUCUCUCCUCUGAUCAACCGCUUCUGUGGCUCCUCCAGCCCAGGCCUGGUGCUCUCCAGCGGACGAUUCAUCUGGAUCCGCUUCUCUAGUGAUGAGGAGCUGGAGGGACUGGGCUUCAGGGUCCAGUACACCUUUACCGCAGACCCAGAGUUUCACCUCCACGUGGGAGGAAUAUUAAAUCCUAUUCCAGACUGCCAGUUUGAGCUAAGUGGAGCUGAUGGUAUGAUCCGGUCCGGUCAGGUGGAGGAGGAGGACAAAGUCAAACCUGACCAGGCGGUCGACUGUAUCUGGACCAUACGAGCUCCGCCCAACUUCAAGAUCUACCUGCGGUUUCUGGAGUAUCAGCUGGAGAAUUCGAACGAGUGUAAGAAGAACUUUGUGGCUGUGUACGACGGCAGCAGUGCCAUAGAGGACCUCAAGGCCAAGUUCUGCAGUACCGUGGCCACUGACGUAAUGCUUGACAGACUCAGGGGAUGCUCUUCACGGCGUGGUCAGGAUGCAGCAGACUCAGCCUUCCUGUCUUUCUCUUCAUGCUACUUCCAUCACGUCUUUGUCUUUCUCUUCACCCCUUUCUUCACCUGUUUGGCAGACCAAAUGAUUUGUGUGUGUGUGCUGUGUGCGUGUGUGUGUGUGUUUGCAGCCCCGUGUUCAGGUGACAUGUUCUUCUGUCACAGUAGCAUGUGCAUCAACAACUCUCUGGUGUGUAACGGGGUGCAGAACUGUGUCUUUCCCUGGGACGAGAGCAACUGUAAAGAGAAGAAGCCAAAAGGUAUAUUCCAUCACAUUACUAAGACCCAUGGGACAAUUAUAGGUGUGUCUACAGGACUCGUCCUCCUCCUCCUCGUCAUCUCCAUACUGGUGCAGGUCAAACAGCCACGCAAGAAGGUGGUGGCGCGGAAGAGUGCCCUUUUCAAUCGAGCGGACUUCAAGGAAGUGUUUGAACCUCCGCACUACGAACUCUUCUCACUCAGAGAGAAGGCGUUGUCUACGGACAUAGACCUACCAGAAGAACUCCAGUCUCUCAACGCUCUGAGACGUUCCUCCACCACUUCCCGCUGCAUCCAUGAGCACCACUGUGGCUCCCAGGCCUCCGCCAACCCCAGCCGACGUGCGUCCUCUGUGGGCAUAGGAUCCAUGGAGCUUCCUCCCUUCCGGUGCGAGUUCACCCAGGGUCAGCCAGGCUCCCUACCCUCUCUGAGAGGCGUCAACAGCAGCCUGAGGAAGAAGAGCUGGCCUAGUAUGAAACAGGUAGGACUGGUGGGAGGCGAGGGCCUGGUGGACCGGGUAAGGGGGAGGGAGGAUAGGGUGAUGGAAGAGGAGGAAGAAGAGGAGGUGGAAGGAGGGAAGUGUGAUGUGUAUGUACGCAGAGGGAUGAGCAUGAGAUCCAUCUGUGAGAUGUCUCAGCAGAGAUCGAUGUCCAUGGACUUCUGAGAGAGAAUGAGGAAAGGAGGAAGGGGACAGAAAGGAGGAUGUGGUGGAGGAAGGAGAGAACAUUUGUGAUAGAAAAACAAUCAGUAUCGCUUGACACAUUUACUAUGAAGGAAAAUAGAUUGGACCCCAACCCCUAACCUAGACACUCUCUUUGGUAUCUCUGAAACUCCGGCUAUCCUGUUGCACUGGAUCUACGAGUUAAAGGCAUCAUCUGUAACUUCGAUCACCGUUAAAAAGUGCACCCUGACACUUUUCUGAAGGUGACAAUCUGGUAUGCAAACCACAAGUAUGACAACCGAAAACGAAAAGGAACAGGAACACACUGAUGUUUUGUUUUAAGUUAAUUAUGUUUGUGUUUCAUGUUUUGCCACAGGGAAAAGAGAAUUUAUGGAGUGUGUCCUUAAAGUGGGCCUCCUUUAACAAAUACUGUUCCAAGGCCGGAGACAGGCCAUAUAGUGUAAAGUUCUUAUUUAUUUCAUGACAUACCUCACUGUGUAUUUUUUCCCUAAAGGUUUUUCCUCUCCAUUUGUUGAUUUUGUUUUCGUAGUUUUAGAGAGGAUAGUUGAUGGAGAAUUGUGUUACGGUUAGCACUGGAUGAUAAUGAUGAAGGAUGCCUUGUAUCAUUGUGUUGUUGUUUUGUUUUGAUUGAUUUGGUUUUGUUAUUGAAUCUAUUAAAGAAUGUGUCUCUUGGUGACUGGGGUGAGUUGGUGACUGAACCAUGUGGCUGUGGUAGAUGAGGAUCAGAGUGAGUUGGCCAUGGUUUCGGUUGAACACUCCAACACCCACCCCGCUCUCUGCUGAGACAGCAUGGUUUUA